AUGGGGGCAAUCCCUAAACCACCAAAAGGCCAUUUCAACAUUCUAUACUUCGCAAGUGCAAGCUCGUUUACCUCGAAAGAAUUUGAGACACUUCCUGCGCCGCUUCCCCUUUGGAAGUUUUCCUGUCUCGUGACAGUCAACCUCGAUUAUGUCGAUAUUCCUGAUGCCAACAACGAGUCUUCUACAGCCAUGAUUGAGGAUGGUGACGAGGUCGCCAUCAUUCCUCCGGUCAGCUCUGGUUGA